CCAAACCCAAAAGGCAAGAAACAAUUCUCACUGUCACCAAUUAUAGCGGCACAGUCAAGAGGAAACGUUCUAACCUGCACCAACGUUACGUUAUUUUAAUCGACAUCGGACGACACGUCAACGACCAUGAGAGUAUUGAUAGGAGGAGGGUCUGGCUUUGUGGGCCGUGAGCUGACUCGCCUGCUCAGACACAAAGGCCAUGAAGUCACUGUGAUCUCCCGCCACCCUGGUCCAGGGAAGAUAACAUGGUGUGGCAGUGGGAGGGAGACGAAGGACAAUGGGAGCCGUACCCUCCUGCACUCUGCGCCUUGUUGGACUCGGCCGUCUCUUCGGGAGACGCUUCUGUGUCUCUGCCUGUGGGCUCCGGGACGAGCUACGAGGUCGACCUGAAGAAGAUGGUCCAGAUUAACCCCGUCACCAAGUACAAGAGGAAGAUUCGCUCUCAGACGGUAAAACCAGAAAGUUUGGACGAUGCAGGUGAGCUGGCCGCUCCAAACAGUUCAGCUCCACUCAAAGAGGAAGAAACGGAGAAGCAACCUGCCGCCAAGAGGAAGAGAGCGCAGAGCAAGAGUCAGACAAAGAGCGAGAAAACGCCCAAAGAAGAAAUAAAAAGCGACGAGGUCGUGAGGACGGUGAUCAUGAAGGGAAAAGCCCCAGUGGAUCCUGAAUGUAAAGCUAAACUGGGAAAGGCUCAUGUGUACUGUGAAGGAAAUGAUGUUUACGACGUGAUGCUGAAUCAGGCCAUCGUGGUGACUUUCGGCAUUUUCUGGCUGCCGUACCACGUCAUCAACAUGAUGCAGGUGGCGGCUCAGUGGUACAAGGAGGAUUCGCCCAAAAGACACAGACUGGACCACAUCACCCAGUCCAGUCGGGCGGUGACCUCUGCUUUGGCCUUCAUCAGCAGCUGCGCCAACCCCAUCCUCUACACCAGGGCUAUUCAAUUACAAAUUCAGUUGGGCCAGAUUUUCAAAUCGAGAAAGGUUAGUUGGGCCAGUCAUUUCAGCGUUUCUCUUUUGAAUUUGGUCAGUUUGCACAGCAAAAGGUGCAUAGAAAACAAAAGAGCUAACUGAACAGAAUCUGAGGUAGCUCCUACUUUUUCCACUUACAAAAGAAAAGAAACUGACCUAGGCACCUCCUGCCUAGGCCUACCUAAGCUACAUAUCUGACCUAAAUACUAAGUACAUAAAACAAAAAAGUGCACAAUAGGCAAUUCACAAUAUCAUUAAGUUUCCUUUUGAAAUAAAAUAAACAUCUUGCUCAUAUUUGACCCAUGCAGGAACAUCUCAAAGUGCAUAAAAAUAAAAAGUGCGCAGUAUUCACAACUAUAACUAACUACACAAGGUGUACUACUGCACAUUGAGGGAACAUAUUUUAAAUCACCAACAUGUGUGAUUACACAUGCCACAUUAUAUUGAUGUAGGUAGGCUACAUUUAUCCUGCUGACUUAGUGGGAGAGGUGACAUUUUUUGUUUUGAACGAGAGCAGUGACUGUUGUCAAUGCAAUCCGGAGGCAUUGAUGGACGGUACGGUCAGUCAGGGAGCCACGAGAGUUGCUUUUUAUCGAGUUCAUGUGUGAAAAACUUGACUCACAUGUGUACGUUGAUCCAAACAUACUGAGGAUGACGAUCGCUACUCUACACGGACACCUGGCCAACAGUAGUGUGUGAAUGCUAUUGAAGGGCGGGUCUUGGCGUGGCCAU